AUGCAGCCAUCAAAGUCGCCGGGUGUAUCAAGACGGAAACCUGUUUCCACAACACCUGCCGUCAAACGAAAGACUGGUGUCACGAAUAGCCUGCACCUCAUUUUCCUAGUAGCCACAGCAGUAGCUGCCCUGGUCUUCGCAUGGCCUUUCCGUUGGAUAAUGUCCGGAGCACCUCAGCUGGUUUACGCCAUUCUCUUGGGCGAGGCCAAAGGCAACCGCGUCUUGCCUUUCGUACCUUUGUGGACUAUCUUUGCUACAGUCAACUUCGUGUAUGCGGUAUGCUCGACAUCUUGGCUCUUGUUCUGGGUGUUUUGGGCUGCGUGUUGGCCGACUUUCAUCAUAGCCUGUCUGUUCCAGUUCGACGCUCCUGCGGGUCUUGCGAGACGUCUCUCACGGAAGACGUUCCUUCGAGAUCUGCACUUUAUCAACGAUCAGAUAGCCUUUUUCGAUCUCCCUGCUUUGGAAAUCGACACAGAAGUUAAGGGCUUGUUCGUCAUCAGGGGUAUUACGCUGUCGCUCUCCACCUUGACGCUGGUAGCGUAUGGAAUCGAAGCAGGCAUCAAGCUCUCAGAUGAGAUUGAGCUUGGAAUUCAGGUCGACAAGGUGACUGUACCCCUUUUUAGGACAAUUCAUGUCGAUGAUGUGUACGCCAACAUCAAGGGAGGAGAAUGGGAGGUAACAUUCGGAGAUGUACCCUAUGGCAAACCUGAAGAAGACAGCGACGAUUCGAUGAUCGUCGCCGAUACCGCCAUUCUAAAAGCUGCAGCUGCAGCACGGCCUGCAGAGAUGGUUAGGAACAUGACAGCAGACGCGCCCCCUACAGAUUCCGAAGAUGCCAGAUCUGCCUUCUCUUCAGUCAAGCAGCUAUCCCCGGUCGAGGAGAAAGCAAACGCCAAGUAUCAGCAAUAUAUCAAGCACAUUAAUGACACCAGUUCGAUUCAGAUAGCGAAGAAGCAACUGAUCGAGAAAGCGCGCAAAGACGAAAACAACCUGGACCCCGAUAAGGUCGACGACCUCCGUGCGGCUAUCUGCGCUCAAAUCCACAGCGGUCCUUCGAUCCCGCACCCUCCCUCUAAAUCGAUAAGAGUCUCAACCCUCCGAAAGACAUCGUAUCCAAAUGUCAAAAGGUGGCUACACCGCUUCCCCUUCCUGUAUCGACUCAUGCUAUUUCCUAUCUGCUACUUUCACACUGUCAAGUUCAAGUCGGUGUCAGCUGCGGGUUCUGGGAAGUGGUUUGUUGCACUGAUGCAAAAGUAUCUGUUCAAGCACUACUCAUCGCAGGAUGGCGAAAUCCGCAGGCUGGAGGCCCGCAUCUCGUCCUUCUUCUCAGAGGCCAACUUCUGUGUCGAGAUGACCAAGAUUGUGAGCAGCGCAUCGUUUCCGAUCAACACGAAUUACGAUAUAAAAUGCCACUUCGACGUGUCGGACAUCAUGGCUUACCGGUCGCUAGCGGAUGCAGUGGAUCUCAAACGGGUCGUUGAGGUGGGAGGCCUAGACGCCAUUCUCAACGUUCCUAUCUUCUUGUUCCCGCACCAUGAACACAUCUUCCCCGAGGUGCCAACCGAUUUCGAGAAAUUGGAACUGGAGACCGAGAUUCAAGAGGCAGAGAACACAGCCAAGGUGACGCAGGCACACAAGACGCUUAAACAGCUGAAGAAAGACGAAGCGAACAUGCAUGUCAGCGCACACGCCCACCUUCCGAUGGUCGUUUCCCAGGAGAUGCUCAACUUCAUCGCCGCUAUUGUCAAAGCGACCAAGGUCAUCGAGAGCGACAGGGACUUUGAAGAUGCAAAGGUGCUGCGUGAGCUCAAGCGUGUCAGCACUAAUGCUUCUGACAGCGAGUCUGUAUCCAGCAUGAACAGUGCGGCAUCGGACGCUACUGUCAGCGAGGACAAGAGUUUCAAGUCUUUCCUACGCAAAGUAGACACUGGGUUCAAAGACGCGUCCAGCAGAACAGCUGCCAACAUGCGCAAAGCUGGCGUCAGUACAGUGUCUGCUAUGGCCAACGAUCGCUGGAUCGCGAGAUUGGUGGGCAAGAUCACGAGGAAGCUGGAGAAAGCACAGGGGGAGGUUGGCUAUUCCGGUGACGUGCCAAUCGCCUUGGAACCUUAUCGCAUCAGGCAUGAGGAUGAGACCAAGGUUUUGCCGUAA